GUUGACUGCAACCGUAUUGCAGCAAGCAGUUCAAUACGAUCGGUGUAAGCAUCUUUGAAGAAGAUAGGAAGAGAUGCCCCUUGUCGCUACGCCAGGCAGCGACCUUAAGCAUGAUGCAUCUGUCAUAGCAUUGCAUAUUACAUCAUAAGACUCUUAAAGUGCUCGCUAAGGAGUUGACCAAGUUGACUGCCGAUCUUGUUUAUACCACGAAAACGUUGACUCCAGUUAUGGGUUGAUCUCGCAACAAGAUGCCUCUUGAGUUACAGGAUGUUGAUUUCGCCGACGGCCCUGCCGUUCAGAAUGUAUAUAUCAGUGCCUUCUUCGACGACCGCAUGAAUCAAACUUUGUUCCCAGGCAUGUCAUUUGAUCAGUUGUUGGCCGGGGCCAUCUCACGCUGGCCACGUAUUAAUGGUGGUCUCGAGAGAAAGGUUUACAAGAAAGUCGUGGAUACUACUUCGAAUGAAGUUAUAGGCUAUUCGAUCUGGGGAUUCCAGAAUACUACAGCAGGUGAAAAACUAGCGAAGCCAAUCGGAUUGCCGGAAGGGUUUGUUCCAGAACGACCUGUUACGCCUGAAGGCUUGGAUGAUCCCUCUGCCGUUGAGUUUACGGACAAGUGUGCUGCGGUCAAAAAACGUGUCGUAGGAGAUCGGCCCGCCAUCAUCUUGAGAAUGCUAGGAACGCUACCUUCUCAUCGGUGUCGUGGAGCUGGUGGGCUGCACCUGGCUUGGGCUAAUGAGGUAGCUGACCGAGAAGGCUUGGUUUGUUUUACCGAAGCUUCGCCAGUGGCUCUUCCGCUCUACGAGAGCUUUGGCUAUAAGCGUGUUGAGAAUGGGGAUAUUGUAUCUCGCGUCAUCGACGGAGGAACUUACACUUACGCGGUCGUGAUUCGAGAACCACAGAACAAGUAGCUCAGGUCCAGCCGUGUGCUGCUGACUGAGUUAGGGACCAAGGCUAGCAAUAUAUCAUUUGUGGAUGCAGGCGCAGGGAAUAUGUGUUGUCGAUUUGUUCGAACCCGGAUUGGAUCAGCCAGGGGCAUAUACAUCGGUCAGUUACGUACAGGACAUUAGAAAGGUUGAGAGUAAUUUCCCGUAAACUUUGCUG